GUUGUUCCUGGCUGGUCGUCCUAGCAGCGGUAGCUGCGUCUCUCAGUGGCCUGAUGUUGGGUUAUGAAUUAGGCCUGACCUCCGGUGUCCUGCUCCAGCUAAGGGGUGUCCUCUCUCUGUCAUGCCGGGAACAGGAGCUCCUGGUGGGGUCUCUGCUGCUGGGCUGUCUGGUGAUCUCCAUGGCUGGAGGCUGGGGCCUGGACCGCUACGGGCGCCGCUGGGCCAUGCUGCUGUCCGGAGGCCUGGUGGCCGGGGGCACCUUGCUGCUACUGCUCCCGGCCUCGCUCACCACGCUGUCGCUCGGCCGCGCCGUGGUUGGCAUGGGGACAGCGUUGUCGGGAACGGCGGCGUGCAUGUACAUAGCGGAGAUCGCGCCGCGGGAGCGCCGGGGGUUGUUAGUGACGCUGUACGAGCUGAUGGUGGUUGUCGGGGUGUUGCUAGGGUUCGGGUGUAGCUACACGUUCUCUGCUCUGCCUAACGGGUGGAGAUAUACCUUCGGCCUUGUCCUACUGCCGGCCAUUCUGCAGGCCGCUGCCCUCUUCCUCCUCCCACCCAGCCCGCGCUUCCUAGUUGCCAGGGGCGACUCGGAACGGGCCAAGGAGGUGCUGGCCCUUCUGAGGGGCAUGGCCAGCAGGGAGGCUGUGGAGGAGGAGCUACGGGACAUCCAGGCGGGGCUUAAGGAGGAGGCGGAGCAUGGUUUCCGGGAGCUGUUCAGCGACAAGGCUAACCUGCGCUGGCGGUUGCUAAUGGGCGUGGCUCUAGUGUUCCUCCAGCAGACUACGGGUCAGCCCAACCUCCUCUCCUACGCCUCGCCGCUACUCCGCAGCGUGGGUUUCCAUAGCGACGCCGCCGCCAACCUGGCCUCCACAGGCUUCGGCGUGGUGAAAGUGGUGGGGACGGUUCCCGCCGUCCUACUGGUCGACAGGGUCGGGCCCAAGAGCUUCCUGUGUGUCGGUGCGGUCGCCAUGGGGAUGUCGCUGGUGACACUGGGGGUGGUGACCUUGCAGAGCCACACCCAUCUCACCAGCCUAUGCCAGAGCCCUGUGGGGCUAAACCACACCUACCAGGGGCAGAACUUAAACACUCCUUCCUCCGGAUUGGACUAUGGCUCUUUUAAAUUAAUCACGCCACCUCCCGGUGAAAGCCAAUGGAAUGGCAGUGACCCUGCGGAGGCUCUGAGGACUAAGAAAGAGGAUGCUGGGAUGGGGUCAGGGGUAAGGGGUCGGGGUCACAUGAAGUGGAUCUCACUUGUCAGCCUCCUGGUGUAUGUAGCUGCUUUCUCCUUCAGCCUCGGACCAAGUAAGAACACACAGACACACACACCUACACACACCAAGCAGAUUCUCAUCAUCAUGGGAUCUCAGGAUAUGAGAGAGAACAGUGUGUCACGGCAGCACACACAACGCUGUUGGGUCUCUGCCUCACUCUCAUCAAUCCCUCACAUGACACCAAGAGAGAUGGCGAGAGUGAGGGAGAGGUGGAGAGAGUGAGGGAGGGAGAGAGGGAGUGGGAUUGGAGAGAGUGAGGAGAGUGGAGAGGGAGGGAUAGGGGAGAGAUGGGGGGAGUUGAGGGAGGAGGGUGGAGAGUGAGGGAGAGUGGAAGAGUGAGGGAGUGGGGAGUGAGGGGGUGGGGAGUGAGAUGUGUGAGUGAGGGCGAGUGGAAGCGUGAGGAGGUGCGAGGGGGAGGGAGUGAGGGAGAUGAGGAGAGAGUGAGGGGAGUGAGGGGGAAUAGGGAUGAGCGAGUGGGAGAGUGAGGGAGUGAGGGAGAUGUGAGAGAGUGAGGGAGGAUGGAGGAGUGGGGAUUGGAAGAGUGAGGGAGAGAUGGGAGUGAGUGAGGGUGGAGAGAGUGAGGGAGUAGUGAGGUGGAGAAGAGUGGAGAGAGCUUAUGGAGAGAGUGAGGGAGAGAUGGCGCGCGUGAGGGAGAGUUGGAGAGGUGGGGGAUGGUGGUGGAGUAGUCUGGAGGCGCUGGGAGCGGCUGGGACGGUGAGGGAGAGAUGGAGGUGAGGGGAGAGGGAUGGUGGAGUGCGUGGGACGGGGGAGUGGGAGAGCUGGGCAAGUGGGAGGAUGGGGGAGUGAGGAGAGGUGGAGAUGAGGGUGAGGUGGAUGAGGGGGAGAUGUGAGCGGGGUGGGAGCAGUGGGGAGGGUGGCGAGUGGGUGGAGAGGGGGAGGCGGGUAGAGUGGGGUGGGGGAGGUGAGGGAGAGGUGGUGAGGCGUGGGGGGGUGGGCGCGGAGUGGGGAGGGAGCUGGGUGGCGGUGGAGUGGGGCGCAGGUGGGGAGUGAGGGAGAGGUGGAGAGUGAGGGAGAGGUGGAGAGAGUGAGGGAGGGAUGGGGGGAGUGAGGGAGAGGUGGAGAGUGAGGCUACAGAAUAGCUCCAACUUUAUGACUCUAUGUUGAAAUGCUGUAGGGUUAAUGUGUUCCUGAUUGACUGUUGAUUGUGUAGGGCCUGUUAUAAGACCUGUUAUAAGACCUGUUAUAAGACCUGUUAUAAGGCCUGUUAUAAGGCCUGCUAUAAGGCCUGCUAUAAGACCUGUUAUAAGACCUUCUUUCAUAACUGUAUGUGUCACAUUCCCUUGGUGAUGUUUCUAAUGCAUUGUUCUUACUAGUGUGUGUGUGUGUGUGUGUGUGCGCGUGCGUGUGUGUGUGUGUGUGUGUGUGUGUGUGUGUUUCCAGUGGUGUAUGUGGUCCUGAGUGAGAUCUUCCCUACAGGGAUCAGAGGUAAAGCUGUGUCUGUGGUGUCUGCUGUAAACUGGGCCACCAACCUCCUCAUGUCCAUGAGCUUCCUCUCUGCCACAGGUACAGUACAGCUGAGGUUUGGUCCAUGAGCUUCCUCUCUGCCACAGGUACAGUACAGCUGAGGUUUGGUCCUCAUGUCCAUGAGCUUCCUCUCUGCCACAGGUACAGUACAGCUGAGGUUUGGUCCUCCAUAAUCAGUCACAGGGAAGCACAUUGAGUAAUACAUGAUCUUACUGUAAUAGAGGAGAAGUUAACCUUUCUUUCCCUUUUUAUGUCUCAACAAGUUGCACGCAGAGUAGACGCUACUAAAACGGGAGUUUCAAUGAACAUUGAUUCUGGAAAAUGAAUGCUCCGUUUGUACCCAUGUACCGCUAGCAGAAUUUUAGCCACAGACGGUUAUUACUAGCUGUCUAGUCUGUGUUUUGUAAAUGGCCAAUAAUCAUAAAACACAAUUAUAUAAGGAAUUGGCAACUCGUUCUCAUUCUGAGAAAUAAGUACGGCCACUUGAUUUCAACAUCUGAACAAAGUGGACAGGCUAGCACGCUGUUCAAACAGUUAGCGACGGACAGAAGGGUGUGUUCAUAACAAUUCAACUGUUCUGCCUUGUUAGCUAGCGAAUAGAUCCAAGUUGGCUAAACUUGAAAUAUAAAAGGUUAGCUGGCUACUCACUAGCACCUGGGCUUGUGCUUGAGAUAUUGUUUAUGAGACCUGUGGUAAUUUUGCCUGAUACAGUAAGGUAGUCAUUAUUAGUGAAUGUGCAUUAUGCAUGGUUCUGGUUAAUCAUUAUUAUGGUUCUGGUUAAUAGAAUUGUAGCGGGUGAUUUGGUCAGGCGCAGGGGGUGUAAAUCACAGAAUAAUGGUUUAUUCGGCCGAUACAGCGGUUCGCAGCAAUGCGUAAAACAACUACAGUGUGACUUAACGGCGCAUUGGGGAAAACAAAACACACGGGUGAAUAUCCCAGCGAUAUCGUACACAACGCUACCACCGAGCUAUCGACACCUCCACAUGGAAACAAUCACACACACAAAGACCAGGGGGGGCAGAGGGAACACUUAUACAGGUACUGGUGAGGGGAUAUGAACCAGGUGUGUGUAAUAAACAAGACAAAACAAAUGGAAUGAUGAGAUGAGGAGUGGCAGUGGCUAGAAGGCCGGUGACGACGAACGCCGAAGCCCGAACAAGGAGAGGAGGCAGCUUCGGAGGAAGUCGUGACAAGAAUGGUUCUGGUUACAUUUGUAACCAAAAAGGCAUUAUAGACAGACUUGAAAGCCAGAUCAGUGAUUAUUGCAAAAAACAGGUUAAACUAUUUUGAUAAAAUAAUAAAAUUAUUAGUGGGUUUUAUAAUUGUGGAAGGCUUAUAUUUAGCCUAGGUAUAAUUUCACAAGCCCUGAAUUCAUUAGAUUAUUGCUAAACUGUUUGAAAUGCAGUGUAUUGAUCUUUAAUUGUACAACAAACCUUACUUAGACAAAACAUAAAAAUAAAAAAAAAGAUACACUAUAUACAGUUGAAGUCGAAGUUUACAUACAAUUAGGUUGGAGUCAUUAAAACUAGUUUUUCAACCACUCCACAAAUGUCUUGUUAACAAACUAUAGUUUUGGCAAGUCGGUUAGGACAUCUACUUUGUGCAUGACACAAGUAAUUUUUCCAACAAUUGUUUACAGACAGAUUAUUUCACUUAUAAUUCACUGUAUCACAAUUCCAGUGGGUCAAAAGUUUCCAUACACUAAGUUGACUGUGCCUUUAAAAAUAUUACAGUAAAUGAUGUCAUGGCUUUAGAAGCUUCUGAUAGGCUAAUUGACAUCAUUUGAGUCAGUUGGAGGUGUACCUGUAGAUGUAUUUCAAGGCAUACCUUCAAACUCAGUGCCUCUUUGCUUGACAUCAUGGGAAAAUCAAAAGAAAUCAGCCAAGACCUCAGAAAAAGAAUUGUAGACCUCCACAAGUCUGGUUCAUCCUUGGGAGAAAUUUCCAAACGCAUGAAGGUACCACGUUCAUCUGUACAAUAGUACGCAAGUAUAAACACCAUGGGACCACACAGCCGUCAUACCGCUCAGGAAGGAGACGUGUUCUGUCUCCUAGAGAUUAACGUACUUUGGUGCGAAAAGUGCAAAUCAAUCCCAGAACAACAGCAAAGGACCUUGUGAAGAUGCUGGAGGAAACAGGUACAAAAGUAUCUAUAUCCACAGUAAAACGAGUCCUAUAUCGACAUAACCUGAAAGUCCGCUCAGCAUGGUUGAAGCCACUGAUCCAAAACCACCAUAAAAAAGCCAGACUACGGUUUGCAACUGCACAUGGGGACAAAGAUCGUACUUUUUGGAGAAAUGUCCUCUGGUCUGAUGAAACAAAAAUAGAACUGUUUGGCCAUAAUGACCAUCGUUAUGUUUGGAGGAAAAAGGGGAUGCUUGCAAGCCGAAGAACACCAUCCCAACUGUGAAGCACGGGGGUGGCAGCAUCAUGCUGUGGGGGUGCUUUGCUGCAGGAGGGACUGGUGCACUUCACAAAAUAAAUGGCAUCAUGAGGAAGGAAAAUUAUGUGGAUAUAUUGAAGCAACAUCUCAAGACAUCAGUCAGGAAGUUAAAGCUUGGUCGCAAAUGGGUCUUCCAAAUGGACAAUGACCCCAAGCAUACAUCCAAAGUUGUGGCAAAAUGGCUUAAGGACAACAAAGUCAAGGUAUUGGAGUGGCCAUCACAAAGCCCUGACCUCAAUCCUAUAGAACAUUUGUGGGCAGAACUGAAAAAGCGUGUGCGAGCAAGGAGGCCUACAAACCUGACUCAGUUACACCAGCUCUGUCAGGAGGAAUGGGCCAAAAUUCACCCAACUUCUUGUGGGAAGCUUGUGGAAGGCUACCCGAAACGUUUGACCCAAGUUAAACAAUUUAUAGGCAAUGCUACCAAAUACUAAUUGAGUGUAUGUAAACUUCUGACCCACUGGGAAUGUGAUGAAAUAAAUAAAAGCUGAAAUAAAUCAUUCUCUCUACUAUUAUUCUGACAUUUCACAUUCUUAAAAUAAAGUGGUGAUCCUAACUGACCUAAGACAGGGAAUCUUUACUAGGAUGAAAUGUCAGGAAUUGUGAAAAACUUGAGUUUAAAUGUAUUUGGCUUCAACUAUAUACACAAAAGUAUGUAGACAACCCUUCAAAUUAGUGGAUUGGGCUAUUACAGACACAACCGCUGCUGAUAGGUGUAUAAAAUCAAGCACACAGCCAUGCAAUCUCCAUAGACAAACAUUGGCAGUAGAAUGGCAUUACUGAAGAGCUCAGUAACUUUCAGCGUGGCACCAUCAUAGGAUGCCACCUUUCCAACAGGUCAGUUCGUCAAAUUUCUGCCCUGCUAGAGCUGCCCCGGUCAACUGUAAGUGCUGUUAUUGUGAAGCGGAAACAUAUAGGAGCAACAACGGCUCAGCCGCAAAGUGGUAGGCCACACAAGCUCACAGAACGGGACCGCUGAGGGCUGAAGCGCGUAGAGCGUAAAAAUCGUCUGUCCUCAGUUGCAACACUCACUACAGAGUUCCAAACUGCCUCUGGAAGCAACUUCAGCACAAGUAUCAAUUUUCAAUCAAUCAAUUUUAUUUUUAUAUAGCCCUUCUUACAUCAGCUAAUAUCUCGAAGUGCUGUACAGAAACCCAGCCUAAAACCCCAAACAGCUAGUAAUGCAGGUGUAGAAGCACGGUGGCUAGGAAAAACUCCCUAGAAAGGCGAAAACCUAGGAAGAAACCUAGAGAGGAACCAGGCUAUGAGGGGUGGCCAGUCCUCUUCUGGCUGUGCCGGGUGGAGAUUAUAACAGAACCAUGCCAAGAUGUUCAAAAAUGUUCAUAAGUGACAAGCAUGGUCAAAUAAUAAUCAGGAAUAAAUCUCAGUUGGCUUUUCAUAGCCGAUCAUUAAGAGUUGAAAACAGCAGGUCUGGGACAGGUAGGGGUUCCAUAACCGCAGGCAGAACAGUUGAAACUGGAAUAGCAGCAAGGCCAGGCGGACUGGGGACAGCAAGGAGUCACCACGGCCGGUAGUCCCGACGUAUGGUCCUAGGGCUCAGGUCUCUCAGUUGGCUUUUCAUAGCUGAUCAUUAAGAGUUGAAAAAGCAGGUCUGGGAACAGUAGGGGUUUCGUAGCCGCAGGCAGAACAGUUGAAACUGGAAUAGCAGCAAGGCCAGGCGGACUGGGGACAGCAAGGUGUCAUCAUGCCCGGUAGUCCUGACGUAUGGUCCUAGGGCUCAGGUUCUCAGACCAUUAUUCCUGAGAACCUGAGCCCUAUUAUAAGUAGUGUUCGUCGGGAGCUUCAUGAAAUGGGUUUCCAUGGCCGAGCAGCCGCACACAAGCCUAAGAUCACCAUGCGCAAUGCCAAGCGUCGGCUGGAGUGGUGUAAAGCUCGCCGCCAUUGGACUCUGGAGCAGUGGAAACGCCAGGAGAACUCUACCUGCCCCAAUGCAUAGUGCCAACUGUAAAGUUUGGUGGAGGAGGAAUAAUGGUCUGGGGCUGUUUUUCAUGGUUCAGGCCUAGGCCCCUUAGUUCCAGUGAAGGGAAAUCUUAACGCUACAGCAUACAAUGAAAUUCUAGACUAUUCUGUGCUUCCAACUUUGUGGCAACGAUUUGGGGAAGGCCCUUCCCUGUUUCAGCAUGACAAUGCCCCGGUGCACAAAGCGAGGUCCAUACAGAAAUGGUUUCUGAAGGACAGACGAUUUUUACGUGCUACGCGCUUCAGCACUCGCCGGUCCCGUUUUGUGAGCUUGUGUGGCCUACCACUUCGCGGUUGAGCCGUUGUUGCUUCUAGAUGUUUCCACUUCACAAUAACAGCACUUACAGUUGACCGGGGCAGCUCGAGCUCCUCAACUGGCAGCUUCAUUAAAUAGUACCCGCAAAACACCAGCCUCAACGUCAACAGUGAAGAGGCGACUCCGGGAUGCUGACCUUCUAGGCAGAGUUGCAAAGAAAAAAGCCAUAUCACAGACUGGCCAAUAAAAAGAAAAGAUUAAGAUGGGCAGUCUGAGAUAUGGCUUUUUCUUUGCAACUCUGCCUAGAAGGUCAGCAUCCUGUAGUCACCUCUUCACUGUUGACAUUGCAAAAGGGUUUUCUAAUGAUCAAUUAGCCUUUUAAAAUGAUAAACUUGGAUUAGCAAACACAACGUGCCAUUGGAACACAGGACUUAUGGUCGCUGAUAAUGGGCCUCUGUACGCCUAUGUAGAUAUUCCAUUAAAAAUCAGCCGUUUCCAGCUACAAUAGCCAUUUACAACAUUAACAAUGUCUACACUGUAUUUCUGAUCAAUUUUAUGUUAUUUUAAUGGGCAAAAAAAAUUGCUUUUCUUUCGAAAACAAGGACAUUUCUAAGUGACCCCAAACUUUUGAACGGUAGUGUAUGUGUAACAUAUAUUAUUGUCCCCCUGCAGAAAAGAUGUGGAGGUGUGUAGUGUCUGUUACUUCCCCCCCUGUAGAGAGGAUGACAAGGGGUGUAACAUUUUAUUAUUGUCCCCCCUGGCAGAGAGGAUUGGUGUUCCCAACGUGAUGUUCCUGUACGCCACCAUGAGCUUCGUCCUGCUGGUCUUCGUCCUCCUCCUCAUCCCAGAGACACAGGGACGCACACUGGAACAGAUAUCUAAAGAACUGGCCAAGAAGUAAACCCACACACACACCAGGGCCCAUAGUGACGCAUUAGGGACACAGUCAAGGAUCUUUAGUCACCACCCGGAACAUUAUCCUGUCUACCUAGAGUUAUAGCCCUACCUACCAAAUGUUAGUUCAAGAGUUCUAGUGUAAGACGUGUUUUGACUUGGUCAAUAUUGGUCAAGACAAACUCUACUAGCUCUAUACUCAUCUCUCUCUCUCUCUCUCUCUCUCUCUCUCUCUCUCUCUCUACUCUCUCUCUCUCUACCUCUCUCUCUACCUCUCUCUCUCUCUCUCUACCUCUCUCUCUCUACCUCUCUCUCUCUCUCUCUACACCUCUCUCGCUCUCUGUCUCUCUCUCUCUCUCUCUCUCUCUCUCUCUCGCUCUCUGUCUCUCUCUCUACCUAGAAAGCAGCUGAAGGUGAGGUUCUGGCGUCGAGUGCAACCCCAGGAGACUCUGUUCACCAUUCACAAGACCCCUGAACUCUCAACUCUGACCCCUCAACCUCUCACCGGCUUCGCC